UUUGUGUGCUCCACAAACUCAAGUGAGUGAGGGAGCGAGUGAGGAGUGUAGUAACUAACUACCCGUGCUCUGUCCAUUGGGCCUCGUACCUCUUCUCUCUCUCUCAUAUCUUCCCUCUCUCACUGCCUCCGUCUGCCAACUGUACCAUCAUUCAUCAACGGCUCUCCUUGAAAGUGAGCCCUCACCCUCACCCUUGCCUCUCCUCGCUUUACACCACACUACCCUCAGAUCUGCGUACGUCCAUUCUCACCUACGACCUCUCCUUCUUCUUCUCUCUUUCCAACUUUUCAUUUUCUUCUGCUUUCUCCCUCUGCUCGCACCUUAUUUUUCUGGUCAGGUCGAGUCCGUACAAAUGGAGAUCAAAUUGAGUCUGGUUGAGGCGAUGGUCAACCCGGGUUUGUUAACGUGCGCUCGAGAAGCCCUCGCUACUUUGCUGACCUAUGCUUUGUUUCAGGUUCCUUUUGGGCUGUUAACAAAUAAUAAAACCAAACCUAAAGGAGAUUAUCACAGAGAAAGCCAAUCCAAGCUGGUUGAUGCUGAGGCAGGAGAUGGAGAUGAAGGUAACAACAAUGAUGAUGAUGGAGAUGGUGGCUUUGGAGAAGGUGAAGAGGAGCUAUCUUCCGAAGAGGGAGAGGGCUAUGGCAAAAAUCCCACCAGCAACAAUGGCAAUUCCAAGAAAGGGACUGGAGAAGGGGCUGGUGGCGCAGGAGAAGAGAAUGGAGAAGAUGACGAGGAAGAAGAUGGUGAUGACCAUAAUGAGGAUGAUGACAAUGAUGACGAUGAUGACAACAACAAUGAAGAAGACAAUGAGGAUGAAGGUGGAGACGAGGAAGAGGAAGAAAUUCUAGAGGAAGAGAAGCCAGAGGAGGAUGAAGAGGAUGAAGAAGAAGAAGCCCUCCAGCCUCCAAAGAAGAGGAAGAAGUGAAAAAUGGAAAAGUAGGAAAUGCCUGUUUAAUUGCUUUUAACUACGAUGAGACGCAGCUCUUUAACCGUAUCUUAUUUAGCUUAUUGGGCAUAACUGCUUGCGUAUGCAUGUUUUAACUCGGAAACAUCAGUUAUUAGCCAACUGAGCUAAUGAAUUCUCACUUUGGCCACUUCAA